UCUCACGCCUUUUUCUUCUUGACUUUUUCCGUUCCCCGCGGCGAGAUUUUCCCUGUCUCUAUGGUGGUGAGGAGGGAUGAUUCACCACUUCGAUGACUCUGCCGUUGUUACGAGGGGGGGAGUGACUGGAGGACGUGUCUGGGCAACAGAGUAAGAGAGAUCUAGCCAUUAGAAGGAAACUAAAGUGUGUUUCGUGAUAGAUAAGAAACGAGAAUAGGUUUUCCAUAUAAAGAGAGGCCAGAGAUGUCGAGUGAGGUGGUCAGCAGCACUCUAACACAGGAUGAUUCCCUCACGAGGAAAAAAAGUACCACCAACAGUAACAACGGCGGUGAAAAUCACGGCUCUAGGAGCUCGUCCUCGAGUAACGGGACUACCAGCAUCAUAAGAAAAAAACUCAACUUCACGGAUGAGGCUCUCUGGAAGCAGUUCUCCUCUAGAAGACUUCAGUUAGUGGAGUCCCUAUCGUUAAGCUCUAAGAAGGCAAGCGAACAGGAUGAGGAAAUAAAGGUGUGUGCAAACACGCUAAUGACAGAGUUUCACUUUGCAGAGUCCUCAUUACCAGAAUUUGACAAAUUAGUUAGAUUGGCAAUCCAAAGUGUGAGACGAAAUAAGAAGAGGUCAGAGAAAAGGUUGGCAAGCAAACUUGAAACAUUCACAAGCGACGACGAGCAGUUCCCGCAUAGUAUAAAAAGACCGAAGGCGGAGAGACAUGGCAGCGGGGCUGGUAGUAGGAGUGAUGAAAGAAGCGAUGAAAACGAUGAUGGGGCCCACAACUUGAACCUGUUGUCGACAAUAUUGAUCGAGGAGGAAAACCAUAAUAGACUGCAUAGUCAUAGCAGCGAUUACAAUGGCGAAAAUGACGGAAUACCCAACACCGAUAGCGAGAUCACGACCUCCAACAGCAUUGUCACCAAUCCGAAAAAGACCUCUUCUGUCAUGGACUUCUCGCUGAUCAACCACAAUCAUCACAAGAGUGGCGAUCACAAGGAUACGGAAAACAUUGACUCUAGGGUUGCCAUAGAUUCACUGGUAGCCCCAAUAAUACAGGACUCUGAUAAGUUGCCUUCGAUUAAGAAGUUGGAUGAAAGCCCUGAAUUUGCAAACGAGUCACAAAAAAUCUUGCAUAAAAUAAAAAACUCGAAAAGCUGUUUCGAAUUCUCGAAAAACUCAGGCAACGACUAUAGUAGGACGCAGAACUAUGAUCUACUAGAAGAAUUUGGUUCAAGUUGUAUCAAUGCUGCUGUUCUUUACACAUUAGAAAAAUGGUUCGACCAUUUACUACCAGAUUCUUCAUCUUACAUAAAGCUUAGACUGAAAAGCGAUUUGACUUUGGGUUUAAUCAUCAAAAAUCUGGACACUGAAUCGGUGGAAGUAAACAGAUUAAGCAAUUAUGUUGCAUCCCAAUUGUUCAAAAAAUUAAUUGGUGGCUGUGUGAAGGAUUACGGCUUUGAUUCCACCCUGAACCCGCUAUGUGAUAUUUUUCACAGCAUAAUAUUAAAGGAUUACCCCAUUAUAGCAAAGGAUCAACUGAGAAAAAAUCAAGACCUUGACGUCAAUAGGAACUACGCGAAAAAUGUUCACAGUAGCAAAGAAGUUAAUUUUCGGGAGAGCAACACAACUGAACCGAAGACGAAUUAUUUCAAGAACCUCUCAGUUAUCGAUUCUACUAUCUCACAACCGAGUGCACAUUCUGUUGAUCUUUUCACAACAUCUCCAGUCAACUCCAGUGCAAAUAGUAAAACUCAUGACAGUGAUAGCGCGUUGAUAGAACACAAGAUGAAUUUUUUAUCACACUCAGAGAUGCCGGACUUUCCCUUGUCUACGGCUCAUAUACCUAUUCCACCUGCAAACAUCCCAUACCUGCAAGAUCAUCAAAUGAUGGACUCCCAGAUGAAAUCAUCAACUAUUGCACCACCGCCACUGCUGCGCUCCAAACAGUACACAAACGUCACCAUAAAAUUCAAAGAGAAGGAUUUGAAAUUCAGAUAUUGUAUGGAUAGUAAUGCUCCACCCACAGUACUGGAGCUGAUUACCAACUGCAAGCAAGCUUUUGGAGUUGUCACUUCAACCAGGGUCCUUAACCUUCGAAAUCUGAGGUCGGGUGAUAUCAUCAAGACGGAUCAUGAGCUGGAGCGUGUACUACGAAUGGCGGCCAUGCUAAGCACCGAUGGGAAUGGAGAGGUCGGUUUGGAACUAGUUUUUGCCAAUGUGACACAGGGCUAUUUGAAUUUGAACUAUGAUUCUUCCACAAAGUCCAAAAACAAAAACGAAAGAGAACAUCCAGCAGGAGGUGAUGAUGACCGUAAACUUCCGGCAGAACACGAGCAUGAACACCAUUUAAAUAGUAUCAGCACAGGUGAUUCAUUAAUAGGAAGAUACUUACCACCUCCACGGCCUAUCAGACCCGAUUCUCAACCAAGAAAUACAUUCAUGAAAUUCCAACCGCUUUUGUGAACCUAGCCCCAUGAACGCCAUAUAUUGGUAGAUUCCUUUGUAAAUAGAAAGGAACCCAACUUGUAACAUUUUGAUUCUAAAUUAGUAAUAUAGAUUAAUAUAAUUUCAGCUUUAAUAUAGAACACAGUUCAAAUCUGAGUUUCUGCUCUUCAUAAACUACCCAAUUC